GCCCCAGGCCGUCCCCCUCCUCCUCCCGCCGCGGAUCCUCCCGACAGCGCGGCCCCCGGCCGGGGCAGGGGGGACGCCCCUUCGGGGCACCCCCGGCUCUGAGCCGCCCGCCGAGCCGGCGAAGGAGCAGCCGAGGAGCCGUCCGAGGCCCCAGAGUCUGAGGCCAGCCGCCGCCGCCGCCACUGCGGGGAGGAGGGGGAGGAGGAGUGGGAGGAGGGACGAGCUGGUGGCGAGAAGAGGAAAAAGUUUUGAGACUUUUCCGCUGCUACUGCGAGCCGGAGACGCGGGGACCGCCUGGCGCUGCGCUGUCCCUCAAGGAGGCAGGACCGGGGGACCCCAGACCGCCCUGCUCACCGUCGCGGACGCUCGCCCGCUGCACGGCGUUCCCCGGACGCCCCAUUCCGGACCAGCCCUCGGGAGCCGCGAGCCCCGCCUCCCGCGAAGACUUCGCCCCAAAGCUGGGGCGCACCCCUUCACGCCGCCCUCCCCCCAGCUUGCCUCCCGGGUCCCCCGCAUCCCAGGACCCCGUCUCCCUCGGGAGGCCGAGCUCCCUCAGACCUGCUGGCAGUAGCCCCCCUAUUUAAGAACACCCACUUUUUGGUCCCAGAGAGCACCCCUCUCGCCCUUUUCCCCCGGGUGGCACAGCGAGACGCCCUGUGUCAGAGCCUCGCCGCGACUCCCGCCGCCUUUUCCCUCGCCCUCGGAAUUAUCCCGGACUCUACCUUUCCUCGGAGACCACCCCCAGCCCUGCAGGGGCGGGGCCUCCGCGUCCCACCUUUGCCCGGGGCUCGCGCUCUCCGCGGUGCCGCGGGGCGCCGCCUCCCCCAUGCCGCCCUCGGGGCUGCGGCUGCUGCCGCUUCUGCUCCCGCUCCCGUGGCUGCUGGUGCUGACGCCCGGGAGGCCAGCCGCGGGACUCUCCACCUGCAAGACGGUCGACAUGGAGCUGGUGAAGCGGAAGCGCAUCGAGGCCAUCCGCGGCCAGAUCCUGUCCAAACUGCGGCUCGCCAGCCCCCCGAGCCAGGGGGAGGUGCCGCCCGGCCCGCUGCCCGAGGCCGUGCUCGCCCUGUACAACAGCACCCGCGACCGGGUGGCCGGCGAGAGCGCGGACCCGGAGCCCGAGCCGGAGGCGGACUACUACGCCAAAGAGGUCACCCGCGUGCUAAUGGUGGACCGCAACAACGCAAUCUACGAGAAAACCAAAGACAUCUCACACAGUGUAUAUAUGUUCUUCAACACGUCAGACAUCCGGGAAGCAGUGCCAGAGCCACCACUGCUGUCUCGGGCAGAGCUGCGCCUGCAGAGAUUCAAGUCAAGUGUGGAGCAGCAUGUGGAACUGUACCAGAAAUACAGCAACAAUUCCUGGCGUUACCUUGGUAACCGGCUGCUGACCCCCACCGACACGCCUGAGUGGUUGUCCUUUGACGUCACUGGAGUUGUAAGGCAGUGGCUGAACCAAGGAGACGGCAUACAGGGCUUUCGCUUCAGCGCUCACUGUUCCUGUGACAGUAAGGACAAUGUGCUCCACGUGGAAAUCAAUGGGAUCAGCCCCAAACGUCGAGGUGACCUGGGCCCCAUUCAUGACAUGAACCGACCCUUCCUGCUCCUCAUGGCCACCCCGCUGGAAAGGGCCCAGCACCUCCACAGCUCCAGGCACCGGAGAGCCCUGGACACCAAUUACUGCUUCAGCUCCACGGAGAAGAACUGCUGUGUGCGGCAGCUGUACAUUGACUUUCGGAAGGACCUGGGCUGGAAGUGGAUCCAUGAGCCCAAGGGCUACCAUGCCAACUUCUGUCUGGGGCCUUGCCCCUACAUUUGGAGUCUUGACACACAGUACAGUAAGGUCCUUGCCCUCUACAACCAACACAACCCAGGCGCUUCGGCGUCGCCGUGCUGCGUGCCGCAGGCGCUGGAGCCGCUGCCCAUCGUCUACUACGUGGGCCGCAAGCCCAAGGUGGAGCAGCUCUCCAACAUGAUCGUGCGCUCCUGCAAGUGCAGCUGAGGCCCCGCCCCGCCCCGCCCCGCCCGGCAGGCCCGGCCCCGCCCCCGCCCCGCCCGCUGCGCCCGGGGCUGUAUUUAAGGACACUUGCACCCCUGAGCCCACCUGGGGAGCCCAUUAAAGGUGAG